CAAUUUUGGACUCCGAAAUGUCCUCCUACACGUCCUCCUAUCGCUCAUAUCAGUCCAUCGCAGCUACAAGGCCCUCUUCUCGCCCUGAGCGCAGGGUCCCUAGCUGAAGACGGUUCAUUGGCCAAAAGAAAGCGUUCCUGCAUCACGCCGGCCCCUGCCCCUGGGCGUCCGCCUCCACUCGCGACCGCCAACCGCCCACGGCCGUUCGCGAGCGCCUCGAGCGCGACCAAUUCCAGCGCCGCGAUCUGCUCAAUUGACCGCUCUGAGGACCCGUUCCCGCUCAUGCGCCCAUCUCGGUUCAGCGACUCCCCUUUUUUGCGAGUAGGCCAGCCUCGUCCACCUCUCCACCACGCGCGGCGAGCGAGUUGUGCAAGACCAUGACAUUCGCGGGGGACUGACUGGGAAUAUGCAAGCCUCCACGCGCCCGCGCGAGGGCGCUCCUUCUACUACUCAGACCUCCUCGCCGCCUCGAGCGAAGCCUGCCUUCCUUGCGUCUCUUGCCAUCUCCUCCUUCGCCGCCUUUCGCGCCCAGUCCUCGCAGCCGGCGCCGCCCAUUGCUGUCCAGUCCCCGGUUCGACGAAAACCCCUGCCUGCAGAUUCGCCCGUUGUGGGACGUUUUCCGGCUGAAUUGAACACCGCCCUAAACGUCGUUCGAGAUAAAGACAGCAAUAUCCAACGUGCAUCUUCGUCUAAUCCUCCGCCGUCCCAGGACCCUCGCCGUACAGACGCAGCGCUGUCCCCACCCCUCAGCGACGAGGACCUCUUCCUCCCUCGGAACCUUGACGACAACCCACAUGGCCAGACGCCGCUGACCGCGAACGCACCGAAGCAGCCCUUCGCUCCUCGAAAAAGUUCCCUAGCCUACGCAACACCUGCACCGGCGCCGUCUACUCCAAGGCAUGAUAGAUCAGCCAGCAGCUCCCAGCUACGCCGACAGAAAAGACCAGAGGAAUUGAAAGCGUCAGCGAAAGGAUUGCACGUUCGGUCUCCUACUAUGCCAAACAUGCCCCUGUACACGUCCGAGCCACGCCAGCCAAACUUGAGAUUGAAACUGGACGGUGUGACGGAGGACUUCAUCGACGAAGACCCAUACGAGACGCAGGAGGACAGGGGAGAGGUGCGGCCUCUUAAGCCGAAAUCGCCAGCCGGAGGGUUCACAUCAUUCUUUGGCUGGAAUUCGUCCAAACAGAACGGCGCUGACUCGCCAACGACAACAUUCUCAGACAAGUCUUUGUCUCCGGCCGCUUCUCCGCGGUACCCCAAACAAAGCAACAUGCCUACCAAGACAAAGCCCAUGGGACUUGACAUUCCUAUGGCUAAUUCUCUCGCACAACCCUCGUAUUUCAACGUCCCAGGAACGCCACUUUUGUCAUCGUCGCCCCAAAUGAACGCUCAUGUCGAAGAGCUCGAGCGCGAGCUUCGGGAAGUGAGCUCGGAGCUCGCUGCUUCCAUCCGGAGAGAAAUGGAACUGGAGGACGAAGUCGAGCGAUGGAAGGCAGAAAGCUCAUCCACAAUGUCAAUCGACAACCGAAGAACCAGCGACUACUAUUCAGAUUCUGGCACUAGCUCGGUCCGCUUCCCCAUCGGAGAUGCCGAGAGCAAGUUGGAGGAGGUGGAAAUGCUUCGCAGGAAAGCAGAGCAGGAGCGUGCACAGUUGAAGGUCCACAUGGCCGAGCGCUUACAAGAAGAGCUUCGGCGCCGGAGGGAUCUGGAGGAGCAGGUGCAGCACCUUGAAGAUCGGGUUACCCGACCUGGCUCAAAACCUUUGGCCGAAGGGCCCAGAGUAAAAGAACUCGAAGCCUCUCUGGAAGAUGCUAAAAGACGUUUGGCUGAAGAGCGACAGGUCAAAGAGAACUUUGAAGACCUACUGACCGCGCUUCGGCAAGAGCUCGAGCAGCACCGGAAUGAACGAGACAAUCUCCGCGACGAAGUAGUCCCACAACUCAGGGCCCGCCUCGAAGGCCUAGAGUCCGAAGCCGCCGAUACGCAAGGUCUAAUAUAUGAAACAACUCGCAUGCAGCAAGAGAUCCAGCAGCUGCGAAGUGAGAACCAGACGCUGCACAACGCACGGAGAAUGCAGCAGGAGAUGUCGCAGCAGCAGGUUCGCUUCCAGUCCAUCGCUGAAGAAGACAGUUCCCCAAAGAAAACCAAUCCCCGCGUCGGCCUAUCAAGAUCGAACUCCCUUGCGCGAAGCUCUGGUUUUAACAAGAGAGGGUCGUUGUCACGGUCCAACUCCGUUAAGGACAGAUCAGGGGCUGAUUCCCCGCGGGAAGCACCAAUAGCUGGCAAUCCCGUGAAGGAGCUGGAAGAGCAACGCGAUGCACUUCACAAGGCUUUGAAGCAUCUAUUGCAGAGACAGGAAUUGCAACAAAGGGACUUCGAGAAGCGUAUCAAGGAGCUGGAAGCCGAAAGAGACAACGCUCUCAACCUUACACCUCGACGGACCGCCUUCCACAAAGAAGUCACCCAUCUCAGAGAGGAAGUCAACUCGCUAAGACGCCGAGCUGACGAUGCUUUGGACCAGAAGUGGCAGUGCGAGACAGGUCUUCGCGGAUUGCGAAUGGACUUGGACCGGGCGCAACAAGAGACGUCUUCCCUUCGUGACCUUCUGAAGGAGCACGAUAUCUCAAUCCCUGAGAUCCGAAUCGAGAACCAGCCGGUCUCGUUGGACAGGGCUUACAAUGAGCUGCGCACGACACAUGCUCUCUCGCUCGCCCGCGUAAAACAGAUGGAAUCCGAAGACUCGCUCGGCGUAGCAGGUGCUGAGGCGGAGAGGACUCUGGACCUUCUCAAGCAAAGCAUAUCUGACGCGGAGGCCGAGCGGGAUUUCGCACAAAAGGAAGCCGAGCAGUAUCGCCAGCAAGCUCGCGCUCUGCAAAAGUCGGAGCUCGAGCACCUAGGCAAGGAGCAGAAGCUUAGCACUGAACUCUUUGCUGCAGCGACCCGCAUGGACGAGCUUUCCAACAGAAUUCAGCUGCAGCUAGAGUCUAACAGCGCGCUACGCAAGCGCCUUGCUGACGCUGUGUCACGUGGUGAGCAAGAGCAGGGAAGGUCGACAGAAAAGAUCAUUGAGCUGGAGAGACGGCUGAAGGCAGCGGAGGAGAAGGUGAUGAUCGCCCAACAGUCCUCCGAAGAGGCCAUUGCCAGACACGAAGAGGAAGUGAAGGCAAUCAAGGACAGCCACAACAGCCAUCUCCGCCGCGUCAAAUCUGGACUGCUUAGCCCUACCAUUCGCUCCCCAAUAAUGCCCUCCUCUCCAGUCUUCGCCCAGAGGUCCCCUCGUCUCGACAGAACGACUAGCGGACCCGCUAUGUCGAUGGCGGAAGCCACCAGGACGGAAUUGCUAGAGAAGCGCGUCGAAGAGCUCGAGAAGGCUCUCAGGGACGCUGACCACGAGAUGGAAGAAGUGGUUGGCCGGAUGAACAUGGCACAGAUUGAGGUUGCCGACCUGCAAUUCCAAAGGGACGAGGCAAUGAGGCAGACAAGGAGGCUCCAAGCAGACAUCCUUGCUGAGCGUGAGAAAGUGAAGGCUUUGAUGGCACAGAACUAAUAUCCUAACGAGGCAUGACGAGCCAUUCGACACGACGAUAAUUAUCCGACCAUAAUCGUACCCUUCUACUCAGAUACAUCGAGUAUCUGUCCUUUUGGACCGUCUACUUACAUUUGGCGUUUCUGGGGCACCGCAUUUACGCAGGAGCAACGGUUGCAUCCCUCGUGAGGAAAUCCUCUCACAACCACAUCGCUUUAUUACACUUGAUUACCGGCCGCCGAGGCUAGCAGGCGCUUAUUUUUCUUGUCUCAAGACACUUGUCGACAAACAUUCGGCGUGGUCCGCAUUUGGCCACAUUGUUAUAUACCCUUCCGUUUGGCUGCGCUCCUGCAGAGAGCCUGGGCAUUGAAUUUCGGACUCUUUGCCAGUUUGGAUUAUUGUACCCCCUUUGACAUCAAGCUUACUGUGUAUGUAAUGAUCUAAUGGUUGGAUGUUGGGUCCUCGUCAAUCCGCAGGAUUGCUGUACUACUAGCUACUAUGCAAACGCGU